UGGAGAUCGUAGGCAUGCCACGAGGAGUAAGAAUUUUAGGCGAUGAUCUGCCUUUGUGGUGGAAAUGUAGGGGACUGAAAGCUUUUAGAGUGGUUAAGGAACUAAGGAGGGGGAUUUGGGUUUGAGAGGAGAAUAGCGUGAAGCUUGUAUAGAGUGAAGCGAUGAGACAGAGCUUGAGUAGUGCAAGAGUGAGUGUUGAUCUGGAGAACCAGAAGUUUCAGUCUAAUAUAAUUGUAGAUCUGGCAGAGAAAUCAAUGAUUGUUAUCAGAUCAACCCAAAUUUUCUCUACAUAAAACCCCAAGACCGCAAGGCCCAGGUUCUCAAUGUCUUUAACAAGAACUCCUUGUUUAGAAUACCUACAGAAGGAAGAAAGAGAAGUAGAACAAGAAGGGCAUGGGCGAACUUCAGGUUGAUGAAAACAACAAGAGUGCAAACUCAGGAAUGUGGACGGGUGAGCUAUAAGAAUGGAAAGAAUUACCAGCAUAUGAUCUCUUCUGGGUUAAUUAAGUCACUCAUAAGUGGUUGAUUAAAUAACAAAUUUUAACCAGGAAAAUACUAACAUUCAACCAAUUCUGAUCAAUAAGGCUACAAUUAGUAGGCAGGCUAAGAAAUAAUAAAGCUGAAAAUAAAAUGUUCUUUGGUCAACCCAAGAAGAUUAAGAAAAUAUCUAAAUUCGCGAAACAAUUUAAAAUUAAACCUUAUAUCCCAGCUUAUUUGAAGAGGAACAUGCAUAUCGCUAAGGACCUUCCAAAAAAUACAAGAACUAUUCCUAGAAGAAGGAGCUUGGAAAACCCAGUUACUAUUGAGUUUUCAGCAUUCCAGUCGGAGAGAAAAUGAAAGGCUCCCGUUUCUAAACCAGAGAAAGGACUAGCAGGACUCAAAUCUCUACGAAAAGAUAACUCCAAACCCAUCCUUACUCCCAUCAUGCUGCUAAAACCCUUCCCCAUAAAACUCAAAUAAUUAUUCCACCA